CCGGGCCUCAGCGCCUUCUUUUCCUGGGUGCUACUACUACAUUGGUGUCUAUCACCGGGUAGCCAUUCGGAACCUUGCUUGACUCGAAUACGUCAGUAUGAUAGUCUUUGCGUAGUACAGACCCCGGAUAAUCGUUAGGAGAUGAGUGUAACCUCUGCGCCUCUCGGUUCGAAAAGCCUUCGGUCUUCUUUCAACUUCUGUCAAGUCUGAAGGGGAGAGAAGCGCUUCUUCGUGCAGGGUGUCCCGUCGUUUUGGUUGUGCACUUUCUUUCUUUCUUUUACUUCUUUUCCACUUCGAUCCAUUCACUUUUGUACUCUGGCUCGUUGAGAGCCGUAAUCGGAAGGCUCUGAAGAGCACAGGGCCCGGUACUUUCAAAAAUCCCUGCUACCCGAAGCAAGUUAUCGAGGACAAGAUGGCUCAGCAAGGUGGUGGUGGUGGCGGCGGCGAUGCGCCUGCCGACCCCGAGCGGGCUCGGCAGAGUCGCGUUUCUGUCUCUGAGGGACGCUCAUCUAGGCGCGUUUCUCGUGUUUCCUAUAAGGAGGACUACGCCAACCUUGAUGAAUAUGGGAAGCUAGUGAAGUAUGUUUCCACUUAUCGCGAGGGGCAGGGAGGCUCGGGCUCAGAGGAAGAGGAAGUGAAGCGAGUCUGGUAUGCUCCUUGGAAAAAGCGCAAAGUGCAUGUCAAGAACGUCGACCAGGACGCCCAGCAACUGCCGCCUGAAUGGCUGCUCACCGAUAUCCGUCAAGGUCUCCCCAGUGGCGAAGUCCCGGUCAGGCGUCGCCGGUCGGGAUGGAACGAACUGGUGUCGGAGAAAGAGAAUCCUAUCGCGAAGAUCUUGUCCUACUUCAGAGGUCCCAUUCUUUAUGGUAAGUCUGGCCCGUGCUUGUGCAAAUAG